AAGAAACGGCGAGUGUAAGGUCCAUACUAUACGGUAUGGGAGUUUUGGGAGUUAGGCUUUAGUAAGCUCGUGAUGUCUAUCAUGGGAUUCUAUGUUUUCCAUGUUGCCGUUUUGGCGGUGACUUUAUUAUGCGUGCUCAAGCACGGCUGCCUAUCGAUGAAGCAAAAGCGACAGAUGUUUUAUAUGCCGAAUACGCUGGAUAGUCUGCGCGCGCAGAUUCAGAGCGUGGAGCGGUCACUUUUGGAGUGCAGGCGCAGGAUCGAAUUACUGACAGGCAAGGCGCAGGUACAACAUGCCAAGGCCAACGUUGGCUCCACAGGUAUUGGGAACUGGGGUUGGAUCGGUUUCAUCGAUGAUCGAAGAAGAAAAAGAUCUGUCAGAAUUCGUCAGGUACCCUAUUUCAACUACUACUGGAACGGCCAGUACUAUCAGCUGCAGAACACGCUGAACACACUCAACUCAGAAUACAGCCAGUGUAAUGCCAACUUGCAGAAGACGCUCGCGACCCAACAGCAGAUCAACGACAAGGAGCAGCUGGCCAAACAGCUGUUGCAAGAGAUCGAAGUCGGCGCGACCAACCUGCGCAGCUGCGUCAACUCAGGGGGGCGGACGGAUUUGGAUCUUCAGAGCCUGACCAACUACAUCAAUAACGGCGGGUUUGUCCCCGUGGUGCCAGCACAGACUAGACCACAGGUGUACCAGGCCCCGCCCCCGGCGCCUCCCAUUUGGUGGAUGUACAGAUUUGACGACAGAAGACGAGAAGUCGUGGCAAGUAUCUCCCAAAUGAUCUGGUUCAAAUCCUGA